AUGGAUCCAGGGACGUCACCUCUUUUGAAGGAACAGAUUCUCAACCCCUUGAUCUACAGUUCUCGCUCCUCUGCCUUCCAUAGAGAAGUCCGUGGGUUCGGGGAGCUACACUGUCUUCCUUGGUACUGCAGCUCUUGCAUAUUAUAUACCCAAGUGACAAUAGGAGUUUUGACACCACCAGCUGAGCCUUUCGCGGCGGUCGUACAGAAGGAACUUUUCAUAUUCCUGUCAUCCUUGGGUGUUGGGCUCAACACACGUAUGGUGAAAUCCGUGCAGCCGAGCAUAACUUUGAUCGCCUUCCACGCGUUGGAGAUCUCGUUGAUCACAUUCAUCAAAGGAAGGGAAGGUGUAGGACCCCCUUAUACAUCUGUUUUUACGUUGGGGUAUUCCGCUUUAAGUUCGCUGCCUAUGGUUAUUUCGGGCCGCCCAGGCGCCAUCUCGGUCGCUGAGGACGUAUCACAGCCUUCACUCCGAGGCUCACCCACUAUAUCCAGGGGCAGGGGGGGAGGGGCACCAUCAGAUGAACCCUUCACAAUCCUCGAAAAUCUCGAUCUGUCUCCUGGGGCCUGCGUUCGGGCAACGAAUGCUUGUACGAUUUACAACCCGGCGAACGGACUGCUCUCCCAAUCACGUUGGCUCGAACACACCCUCCGACGCAGUUGGCCUUUUGACUCCCUGGUUAGUCGUGUACAGCAUCUCUUGCUACCAAAACAAACGAAUCCACCACCCAUUGGGUGA